AUGGACCCCGUCCUCGAUGGUCUCAAUUCUGCUCAGCGACAGGCGGUUUCAUCAUCUGAUCCUGUUUUGCAAGUUCUUGCUCCACCAGGGUCUGGGAAGACGAAGACCUUGACAGCACGCGUCGCGUAUCUUCUAUCCCAUCAUGGAUACUUGCCUCAAGAUGUUAUUUGCUGUACGUUUACCAUCAAAGCGAGUCGUGAGAUGCGAGAGCGUCUCUCGAAGCUGGUUGGAGAACGCGUGCAGUCGCGUUUGAUUCUGGGUACUUUUCACUCUAUUUGUCGGCGGUAUCUGGUCAAGUAUGGAUAUUUGAUUGGUCUAAGGAAGGGGUUUGGAAUUGCAGAUUCAGACGAUAGUCGGGGAAUUCUUCGGCGCAUCAUCAAACGGCUCAAGUCAGCCAUUGAAGUCAAGGCUGCACAAGGUCGAAUCUCUCGCCACAAGGCCCAUGGAAUCGGUCCGGAUGAAUUGGCCCAACGAGCCAAAGCUGAGGAGUUGGAACUGGUUGAUAUCUACCGCCAGUAUGAAGCGGGACUUGCUGCAUCAAACCUCUUAGAUUACGACGAUCUGCUCGUAAGAUGCGUGCAACUUCUAAGAGAGCAUCCGGAUUGCGUCUCAAAUGUGCAAGCAGUGCUAGUGGAUGAGUUUCAAGAUACAAAUAUCAUUCAAUAUGAUUUGAUGAAUCUUUUUGCGGCGAAGAAUCGGCGCAUCACGAUUGUCGGGGAUCCUGAUCAGAGCAUCUACGGGUUUCGCUCGGCUGAGAUUCAAAAUCUAAAAAGGAUGCAGGACCGAUACUCAAACACCUCUAUUGUGCUUCUGGAAUCUAACUAUCGAUCUUCGGCUUCAAUUCUGAGCUCUGCCCAAGAAGUCAUUGAACAAGAUACCGCGCGUCCGGAUAAAAAACUACAACCGACCCAUUCUCACGGAACUAUGCCUGUUCUCAGAAAGCUCCCCAAUGCCAAUGCAGAGGCCAAUUGGAUGGUUCUCGAGAUCAAGAGAUGCGUGGCCAUGACAGGCGGUGUUCUGCGCAUGUCUGAUUUUGCAGUGUUGUUGAGAUCCGCUUCACUAUCGACUCGGAUCGAAACAGCAUUUGGGCGCGCCGGUAUACCGUACAAAAUGGUUGGUGGUCGCAAGUUCUUUGAUCGAACGGAGGUCAAGACCCUGAUCAACUACAUGAGGGUGGUCAGUCAUACUGAUGGCACCGACGCGUUGCUUGGUAUUAUUAAUAUUCCACCAAGAAAAAUUGGAGACGAGACGAUCAAGCAGCUUACCACCGGUGCGGAGAAAGCCAGUAUUCCGCUCUGGACGUUCAUCAAAGACGUUAUACAAGGCCGUCGGUCGACCGAGAAGAAGCUACAAAAGGCAGCAGAGCUGGGACUCUGUUCACUGAUGAAAUUGAUUGACGCGUCUAAGCAGAAGCUACAGGAGUGUGAAGAUGCUUCGGCUCCGCGAGUGCUUCUCGAAUUCAUCACAGAGAGCCUUUCAUUUCAAGAGUAUCUUGUCAGAACGUAUCCGUUGGAUGAAGACGGUCGCUGGGCGAACGUUAAGGAGUUAAUGGGCCAAGCCAACGACGCCGCGUUCUCAAACGAUGACCCGGGCCAAGAGGAAGAUCUCCCUGAGAUCGAGGGGAUAGAACAGCAGCAAGUGCAUGCCGGCGAAGAGGCCGUCUCUCGUUUUCUGGCUAAUGUUGCCCUUGCGACCGAGGCGACUAAAAAAGACGACGGCGAGGAGGUAACGGAAAAAAUAACAAUUUCCACCAUUCAUGCUGCUAAAGGUUUAGAGUGGCCCGUUGUGUUCAUCCCUGCCGUAUACAAUGGAAGCAUCCCGCAUUCCCGGGCAGAAGUUAUCGAGGAGGAGAGGCGCCUGCUUUACGUCGCGAUGACCAGAGCCCAAGCUUUAUUGUAUCUAAGUAUCCCACUAAGACAGCCUCGAAUGGGUGAAGGAGAAGAUUCGACCACCACAUUGACACCAUUCCUUCCCCCGAAAUUGGUCAAGACUCGCUUUCGUCCGAUUGGUCCCCAAUUGCUGGAAAAUGUCGUGUACGCUAUUGCCGAUAUUCUGGGACGACCGCGACCCGCUGUCGAAGACAUGUACAAGUCACUGGGAUCUCUUCCCUCAACCCUGGAUGACCAAUGGACGGCUGAAGGUGAAGAGAAAGAUAAGGGUGGCGACUCUGAAUGGAGGACAUCCCUGGGAGCGGACUCGGGAGAACCCAACCCUAAGAGACGUCGUUCGGACAUCAACCAGGCAACUACCACCACCUACAUGUCUGUAGGUGGACAAGGUAGUAUAGGCAACUCCUCCAAUUUCAUGGUAUCUACCACGCUCGGUGCCUCCGGUUUCUCGUCUGCUCGUGACUAUAUCACGGCCAACCCGGAUACCAAUAGUCAGGCAACAACAGGAAGCACAUCCAAGGCUGCCACGGAAUCAGCGCCGGUCAGUCAGGUGAAGAAGAAUGUUACCACCACUCGCAAAGAUGGACUGAGCCAAGCCAAUAUCUCAAACUUUUUCGGUGGACCAGGAUCCUCCCCGAAGAAAGCGUCCGCCCCAACCAGUCUGCCAACGCAACUAGCCCGACAAAAUCAGCUGACAUCAAAAACUCCCCGGCCGGGCUUUGGUAGUGUUCCGCCUACGUUAUCUUCCCACCGUCUCCAGCCACGGCCACUGCAGCCUACACGACCGACCUUGGAAGCGGGCGAGCCUAGCAAUUACACGUGGCUGGCGGCUCCGUCCACACAUGCGGUGAAACCUGCCCGGAUGCUAGCCCAGCCUGCGAAUGAAAACAACACAGUGGACACAGGGACCAGGGCGGAAGAGGUGAAACAGGAGAGCUCCACUCGCGGUGUCCGAUCAAUGACCUUUCACACGACCACCGUGACCACGGUUCGUCAACAAGCCCAAGCUUCGGGGCGACGGACCUUGGGAAUCCGGCGGAGUAUGAAUGGAUGGGAGGAGCGGAUGAAGCGGGAGGGCGGGCCAAGUACGUAG